GCAUGAUGUGAAGACAAAUUGACCAACAAACUGAGAAGUUCUCUUCCACUUUAUCUGUCUGCUCAUAUCGAAAAGAAUCAUUGCCUCCAACCCCAUAACAACACAUCCACAGCAGCAGCUUUCUCUCUCUUGUGUGGAGGCUGGCUACGCACACGCAUACACAAUUAUUGUGUCGUACGUGAUUAUUGCGUGGAUGGAUCAACUAAGACAGACAUACAAGUACUAGUGCUCAGAGUCCAUUAGAAGGAAGACUUCGUAAAUGACACUCAUGAUCAGUCAGUCACGUGCAUCAUCCGUGGCGUCAGUUCGCGCUGCUGGCUUUGCCCUUUUUCUCUGUUGCGGCUUGCGGCUCGGGCUCUUUGCUUCGGUAGACAAUGUUGACGUCAGGCGGGAUGAUCGAGCCAGCUUUGUACACUGACACACACACAGAAAGGGAGACACACACUCGUUCAUUUAUGCGCAGCCCGUCUCUUGGUUUGUACCUCCGCGUGAGUCUUCGACGGGCCCUCUGAGCUGCAGAGGCACGCCCAUACACGGCAGGGGGCGGGGCCGCAAAGGUUGCGGCGCGCCACCAGGCGCACCGGGGACGUAAUACGCUGCACGCACACGCCAACAUGGCAUCCAUCGGUCACACCCCUUUCUGUGUGUCUGUGUGUGUGUGCGUGUGACUGACUGGCUCUCCGGAUGGCUGUGACGAAACUGUCGUUUGGCGCGCCGAUUGGGUCGCCGGCGCAAAAGAAGACGUGUUGGAUGAGGGUGUGGGGUGCUGGCAUGGCAGUCGAGCCGCUGAAGUUGAUCGUGAAAUGCGUGCAGUCUGCAGACCAGCCAAUGCAUGUAUCUGUGCAUCAAGAAGCGAUCUGUGUUCAUAUGUACCUGGCAGGUUGUCACAUGUCUUGGCGGCGUCCUCCAUGUCGAUUGUCGAACGGCUUGUGCUGCGCCUCUCCUCGACUGCAUAACAACACACUAAUGUCAGAGAGAGACACGAGCACCGAGACACUGGUGAGGCUUACUGAGGUUGGCUCCUUGGCAGAUGGAUUGCAUGUUGGUCACAACGCGAUACCUGGAAGGAGACACGACAAACACCGAUCAGCCGUACAGUGGACGUCGAUGGUGACUGAGUGAGUGAGACACACAGACAGACCUGUCGACGGCGAGCUCUUUUGGGCUGACGCCGACCACUGCCGAAGGAAACGGCUCGAGCGACAAGUAGCCGUCACCUGAGCAAUACACACACACCUUCGUCAAUCCGCUCUGUACACGCCGGCCACACCCACACACCUUUGCAGAUCCAUGUCCUUUUGCUCUCCCUGUCGACAGUGAAGAAACUGCAUCGAUCAUCGGCGGCACAUCGUUGCUCGGCCUCGUCGAAGUCAAUGAAGGGCGACGCACUGCAAGGGAGAUGCCAAGUGUCAGUGAACAGUGUCGGUGUCUGUGUCAGUGAACACUACCUUCCGCGGCCGUAUGCCUCCAGAAUGUCGUCACCUGAAUGCAUCGUGCGCCUUGACCGAUUGACAUGCGCAUGUCUCGCUCCUCUCCUCACCGAGGCAGAAUUUCUCUGCGAAGUUGAUCCGAAGAAAGCCGCCCUCAACUGGACGCUGGAGCUGCCGAAACGACAUUCUGUUGGCCCUCGACUGCUGCUGCUCUUUCUCCUGCGUGGCGGCCUCCUGUCUGUCCUCACUCUGCAUCAGCUCGCCAAACUGCCUCGCGUACUUGGCCUCCUCCUGUCUCUCCUCCUUCUCUUUGGCUGCCUCGAUGUCGUAUCUUGUUCUCGGCGGGGCGGUGCGGAGGCGAUGAUGUCUUGCAAGCUGUCGGAAAUUGGUGGAGAGGGCGAUGAGGGCUGACACGGGCUUGUCCUCCUGUGAGACACGCACAUGCAGCGAGAUGAUUCAUUCACUCGCAUGAGUGGCUUUUUGGCUGCUUUUGUCUGUGUGUGUGUGUGUCUCACUUCCUUGUCGAUUUCCACCUCCUGUGCUUCACUUUGCUCCAGUUCCUUCUCUUGCGCUGCCUGCUCUUUCUCCUGCUCGGCGACCUCCUUCUGCGCCGCUGCCAACAGCGCCUAUGUAUCCGCACAUUCAAGAGACACACAAGUGAUGUCGAAUCGAUCAGGCAGACAACAUCAUUCUCUUGCCUACCCGCUCCUCAGUGCCGAUGCCUGUCGUCAUUGAUUCGAGCAAACCGCCUGCGUUGCCCUCAAUCUCGGCCAGCUCCCCCGCCGAUGGCUGUGCAGCCUCCUCCUCGUCAGUCAGAGCCACCGGGGCAGGCUGCUGCCGCUGCUGCUUGCCGACAGACGUCACGGCCAGCCAUAGCUGCAGGCAGAGAGCCACAGUGAGCGGCAGUGACAGCCUCAUCUCGCGCACAGACUCCUUCCUUUGCGUGUCACAGUCAGUCAGUGAGUCAGUCAGUGAGCGGAUUGAGCGUUGAGGGAAUCGACGGCGCGAAUGUACACAUACAUACAAAUAUAAACAAAAUACAAUACCUCAUCGACACGCUCACGUCACGUCACAUCAGGUCACGUUUUGUCUGUCUGAGCUUCCGCCUCCCCCGCCACAUCGUGCGCAGCCUCUGCUGCACCUCGGUGAAGCAGGCAAACGCUGCUUUCAUCCCGCUCCUCCUCGCCAGCAGCCUCGCCCCCAGAGCCUCCCACACCCGCGGUCGUUUUCUGUCACGAACGCCGUCAUCUCGCUCGCUGACAUCAGGCAGCAGCCUAGGGCGGCUGACGACGCUACAGGUUUCGGCUUGCGGUCCGUAUUUGAUCUGCAAAGAUCGAAAGCAGCGGCCAUGAUGCUGACACAGUCCGAGAGAUGUCUGACGUACCUGGGCAAUACGGCUCGACAGCUCUCGUUUGGCGGCGUUUGUGAAGCUCCUCGUAGCACCACCGCUCGUGGUAGCGGACUGAGUACCACUUCCUCACCCUUCACCCUGUGUGCAUUGAAUGGCAGCGUUCAGUGUGUCUGCCCGCAGAAAAC